AUGUGUGAUGUAUUAGGUUGUGAUUCAAUUUGGAAGAUUAGCUCAAGCAUACCGUCAUUUGGAACUGUAUAUCUAUCUAUCUAUCUAUCUAUCUAUCUAUCUAUCAAAUUCACCCAGCCCAUUAUCUAUCAGCCUUUCUAUCCCAUUAUCUAUCAGUCUUUCUAUGUAAAUAUCUAUCUAUCUAUCUAUCUAUCUAUCUAUCUAUCUAUCUAUCUAUCUAUCUAUCUAUCUAUCUGUCGCAUAAAUGAAUUAUCUAUCUAUCUAUCUAUCUAUCUAUCUAUCUAUCUAUCUAUUCACUCAGCUCAUUAUCCUGUUCUCUCUUCUCCUUUUCUCUUUGUCUCCCCCUCUCUGUCUAUCACCCUCAACCCGUUUUCUGUCACUAUCAAUUUCACCCCAUUUACACUUCCUUUCAUUCUUUCUUUCUAUGAUGGCCUGCUCUCAUCUAUCUAUCUAUCUAUCUAUCUAUCUAUCUAUCUAUCUAUCUAUCUAUCUAUCAGUCUGUUCAUAUCUAUCUAUCUAUCUAUCUUAUUCUGUUCAUCUGUCUAUCUAUCUAUCUAUCUAUCUAUCUAUCUCAGUCUGUUCACAUCUAUCUAUCUAUCUAUCUAUCUUAUUCUGUUCAUCUAUCUAUCUAUCUAUCUUAUUCUGUUCAUCUAUCUAUCUAUCUAUCUAUCUAUCUAUCUAUCUAUCUAUCUUAUUCUGUUCAUCUAUCUAUCUAUCUAUCUAUCUAUCUAUCUAUCUAUCUAUCUAUCUAUCUCAGUCUGUUCAUUAUCUAUCUGA